AUGCUUCUAUUCCAGUCUACACUGGUUCGAGUUUAUGUUGUCCGGAGCCCGCCUCGCAACCGACAACUGUGUCUCCGCGCUGACUCGAGUCAAGGACGACACCUCCUGGGAGCACGACCUGCACAGCAGACGACGACGACGACAACAACCACUACAACUACAACUGCUGCGGCGUCGAGACCGAUAACCAAGCUAACAGUAUUGCGAGUACAGCAGCGUUUCUGGGAGCGCCAUGGAAGCGCUCCAGCGCUGGCUUGUUCGCAGAGCCCGUUGCAGCCGCACCUGGGCGUCGGUGCAGAGGCUUGCACCCGGCAACGAAUCUCAGACCUCAAGCCGAGCGUCGGUGAGCGCCUCCAUUCAGCCUAUUAUACACGAUUGCGGCAAGCUGUGGCGGUAGUUAGAAACUGGGUUUGUGUUGCAAGCGCGCUUCUCUUUGUCUACCUGAGUACCAGCGACCAGGUGGCCCUGGCGGCUGCCUCACUCGCCAAUGGCAUGCCUCAAGACCGUCUGGCUCUGGCAACGAGUACGCCCGUUCCAGAUCGCUACCGAAUUCUUUGGGAGCAGGCACUGGACAUCAUCACGAACCUUCACUACCAACCCGGUCAACAUAUCCAUGCAGCCUCGUUAACCAUGCCUUCGCACUUGCCGCCUACGCGUGCGUCCACGAUCCCAUGGGGAUGCUCUCUGGGAACACGUGCCUCGACCUACGAUGCCAUUCGGAUCCGACUCAGUGAAUUGAAUGAUCCCUACUCACGUUUCCUGGAGCCGGAUGAAUUUGAGGCGGAACUGAAUCCUUACCGGCGAGCUCGGAAGCUCAGCGGGGUCGGCAUCAUACCGGAGCGCAGUCCAAAAGGCCACGGCACGCUGCGCGUUAUAGCCGUUAUUCCCGAGUCACCGGCUGAGGAGGCCGGAAUCAACCCCGGCGAUGAACUCGUUAUGAUUGACGAUAUUGUCGUCGAGCCUUCACCUUUGAACCCGAUUCCUGUGACCCCCGAUGAAGCGUUGGCGUUGCUGCGCGGCCCAGCGGGUACGCGGGUUCGUCUCACUGUGCGACAAACGACAAACUCGUUGUCGUACGCUGAUGCAUCGCUGCAAGUAGCGUCAGCGUCCACAGCGCCGACCUCUAUGAUGCGUACAUAUACAUUAACGCGGAGACCGCUUCUGGUAGCUCCGGCUGUCUACGGCCUUGUCGCCGCGGAGCCCACUUUCGGUUACAUUCGCCUCCAUACCUUCAACGCCGAAGCGACACGUAUCGUCUUCGAGGCUCUGAACGCAUUCAAGAAUUCUAGCGAUCGUUCGGCAGCGGCUGGUGUUAUCCUAGACCUGCGCAACUGCCGAGGUGGCGUCUUCCAGGAAGCACUGGUGAUUGCUUCGAUGUUCAUCGCAAACCCCGAUGCCGUACUCGUCUACACCGUCGACAGUCGGGGUAUCGAGCGCGCACACCGGGUGCGUGACCAGUGGAACGGUUGGCCUGAAGCUCCUGCUGCCGCUGCUCGUACUCCUCGUACUCCUCCUGAGACGCUCGGGAGCGCGGCGUCGGCCCGGCAUCCGCUGUACAAUGGCCCACUGGUGGUGCUCGUCAAUGGUGCCUCAGCUUCCAGUAGCGAAGUGCUUGCGAUAGCCUUGCGCGAUCACGGACGAGCAGUGCUGUUGGGCAUGCCAACUUUUGGGAAAGCCCGCAUCCAACACUACUUCCCGCUUUUGGACGGCUCGGCGAUCGCGCUCACUGUCGGGGAGUUUCUCGGCCCGCAGCACGAACGCCUCGCGGACCACGUCGGCUUAGUGCCGCAGGUCUCCUGCAACGCUGCACCCCGGAACUUUGCGCUCCUAGAGAGACACACGCCACCAGAUGCCUGCAUCGCAGAGGCAGCUCAGCUGCUAAGCGAAGAACCCACGGGGUCAUCGGCUACAGAGCCGGUGCCGGUCGGUGGCUCCGUGCGGUCUGCGUUCACAUCCCGAAGCAGGUCCACUGAAACGACACUGUUGCCUCGGAUCCAAACCUGA